AUGUCUUGCGAGAACACGAGUCCCUCAGAUGGACCACUGCUCCUGCCGUCCUGUAUACCCAUGAGCGACGCAACGUUUGGCGUGCUGACCUCGGCGUUGACUGUCGGGGGUCUUAUCGGCUCUCUGAUCGGGGCAGGCCUGUCUGAUCGCCUGGGGCGCAAGGGAGCCUCGGUCGUGAGCACGUCGAUGUUCUUGGUGGGCGCACUGGCCAUGGCGGGUGCGUGGACGUAUCCCAUCCUACUGCUGGGAAGACUGGUGAUCGGUAUCGCGAGUGGAAGUGGACUGGUUGUUGUCCCGAUCAUGUUGUCUGAGAUGGCUGCGCCAAACGUUAAAGGGGCGAUGGGAACGCUGAAUCAACUCUCAAUUGUUGCUGGUAUCCUGCUGACGCAGUGCGUCGGUCUCGUGUUAGCGAGAGAGAGCCUUUGGCGCUAUGUGCUGGUCAUUGCCGCUGGAUUCGGCGCUGUGCAGCUGCUCACGAGUUCGCUUAUUUAUGAUACCCCUGUGUGGCUCGAGGAUCAGGGAAGGGAACAAGACGCGAAGCGCGCGGCUCAGCUUCUGUGGGGUGAAGCUGAUCUUGCUAUUGGUGAUGAAGUGCCAGAAGAAGCCGAGCGACAACCACUGUUUGACGGGGAGAACAGUGCAGCAGACGAUGUUCCAGCGACGCCCGUGCCGAGACCGCCAGCGACGUUCAAGGAAGUGUUUACGUCACCUGCACUGCGUCGACCGCUCAUGGUAACGCUUCUGGUGUUCUUCGCACAGCAAGGCUCUGGAAUCAAUGCGGUGAUGUAUUACAGCACGAGUAUCCUUGGGCGGGUUGUGCCGGAUCUUGCGGGUUAUAUUUCGAUCCUGAUUGCAGCUGUGAUCAACGCUGUGAUGACGUUUCCGCCUGUUUUCCUGAUCGACCGAGUGGGGAAGCGGACAAUCCUGCAAGCGUCUAUUGUCAGCACGCUGAUCUUUGGUGUGCUGGUCGCUGUGGGCCUGAACGCGGGGCAGCCCGUGGUAACCGCCGUGGGGAUUGUCGGGUUUGUGGCGGCUUUCGCUGCUGGGCUUGGGCCUGUACCGUAUGUGAUCACGGCGCAGACGUCGCCCUACUUUGCGGUGUCGACGUUGUCUUCUAUCGGGCUGAUUUUGCGGGUUGUCGCUGUCAUGCCUCCUCCUCCCCCUCCACCACGUCGACAACGCAGGAAUUCUCUCACUGACUCGUCACAGUCAGAUAAACCGCACCGUCCAAAGUUAGGACCUGCUCCACCACCACCAGAAACACGACAGAGGAAUGUACUCACUCAGUCAAUAUCCACAACACCCAUCUCUCCUAUCAUCAAUCAUCCUUCUCUCCCUACAAGUCCCCUCUCUCCACCUGCUUCACUCUCACCAGAGUUAGAACUAGGCCUACCUCCCAUCCCUCCAAUGUCGGAUCCUCGUUCACCUUCACCAGAACAAUUCCCACUCUCGCUCUCUCCUUCCUCUCGCCCUCCACCACUCCCUCCACCACCCGCUGACCCUCCUCCCCACCGUCAAUCACAACGCCGCACUCCUUCCCCAAUCGUAAUCCCACCUCCUCGUUCUGCAAAUCCAGCCAGCGAAGCCGCUUCCCUCCAGGGCAUACCAUACCCUAGUGAGGACAUGUUCCUCGACUCGGAGAACCUUAGCACACUCGAGAAGAUAUUCCUCUUUGCCAAUAGUGACGCUGCGUAUCAUCGCUUGUUCGUCGCGCGGACACUUCCGGAAUGGCUUCCUACGGUAGACCCACAUGAGGCGGUCGAGUAUAUCCUCCCUUUACUCAAUGGCCUGGGAACAGACUCGGAGGAUACCGUAAGGGAGACAUUCGCGCCCUCCCUCGCUCGUGUCAUGUGGUACUUCUUCAUCACUUGCACCUUGACCGAAGAAGAACAGCCACUCACUCCCUCCGCACACUCGGAAGAUCACCCUUACCCCGCUGGGCCGCCUGUCAUAUCCGUCUCGAGUUUUACGCCCCUCUUGGGAAGCCUGCUCCUGAACGUAAAUCGCAGUGUGCAGGAAUUUGCUCGCUGGGGGGUCGUCCAAGUCCUCCAGAAACUAAAAGACGAGGAAGAAUCCGAGACCGCCUUACCUGCCAAAGGGCCUCUCAAUCGCAGAAAAGCCAAAGAGGCAGAAAAAGAAAAGGCGAAGAAAUGGGAAGGCUGGUGGGGUGGCGCGGUAGGAAAGGAGAAGAGGGACAUGAUACGCCGGGAACUCAUUCUGGGAGUCGUGUUGGGCAUGGCGAGGCUGGAAGAGGACGAGGGCGAGGCAGAGGGCUAUGAUAGAGCUGAGCUGGACGAGCUGAGUGAAGCGACGAGGAGGGAGAGAGCGAGCGAGAGGGGAGAUUGGGAGUAUGAGCAUGGGGAGGACGGGCAAUUCGGUCUUGCCGAGGGAUGGGAACAUCGAACCGUGGGCCUUCCUCAGCCAGGUGGAGCAGCAGGUGAACUGCCGAAUCGUCCAGAGGAACCAGAAGCGUUGCCGGAACUGCCGACAGUGAACGACAAGCCGCAGGGUGAUACUGAGGAGUUGCAUGACGUGCAGUUGGCUGAGAGAGGUGCGCCUGACUCGAGUUCGGGUGGGAAGUUCGAGUCCAUUGGUCAGGAGAGCGGGAACGAGGAAUCGGAAGACACGCGCAUGACUGUGCAGGAAAGUCAAGUCCCCGACAUUGCGGUCGAUGUGGUCGACAAGCAGGAAACUGCGGUACCCGCGACCGAGGAUCUGGAGGAAACGAUGGUUUCCGAUGCUCUGGCGCCCGAAGAGUCAACCAUCCCGGCCAUCAUUCCCGAAGCCGAGGCAGCCGAGUCCACCGUGUCACCAUUCAAGGUUGAUACACUCCCCUCAACACCGCAACCCUCGGAAGCCGAGGACCACAAGGACGAGCUCUUGGACAAGCCUAGACCAGUGGGGUCCGCUCUGCUCCUCGCUGAAGGGACGACCACGUUUUUGCUGCACUGCAUGAGUCCAAAGUGGAUCAGCCUUUUUGCCCUUCCUACGGUGGACGACUUGGUGGACGAAGAGGAAGAUCUGCCCAUCCCGGGUGGGUUCUCCCUCAGAGUUGCUCCAUCGUCCACAAGUGGAUCUGGCGAAGCGUCUGGACCUUUUGAAGCGAAGCAGUCUCCUUCCCCUCUCCAACAGAGCGACGAAGACACGCCAGCCAUGACGAUCGAUGCUUCACCCUCUGACAACAAUGACUCUCCUGCUGUGGCCCCCGGUGAAACGCCAGCCAACGACAAGGAUGAGGACGAGGAAAGCGGCAAGAUAGACGCACAUGGGAUCAUAGAGCUUGUUGCUCAGGCUUCCGAGCUCGGGAUGGCUACCAUGUCUCCUGAUCAGGCCGAUGCGGUUUCCCCUCUUUACAAGAGUGAGGAGGAGACGCCCGGUUCCCCAAGUCUCAUACCCAGCGACUCAGAGGCUACUGUCAAGAACCGUAUUUCCCCUAACCCGCCUUCCGAUGAUGGAGAAGACAUGGACAUCGUCCAGGAGGACGAAGAGGAGGAGCCCAUGGAUAUCGAUGAGGAGGAACAACAGGCACCUCCGCCAGCGACAGGCAUCGUCAUCUCCCCCCCACUAGAGGCGCCCAUGCCUCCGGAAUACUUUCCUUCUCCCCCUGUCAACUUUCCCCCUCCCCAGCCGACCAUCACCCCGAACAUCUCUCCCGACUGGCUCCCUGUUCCUCCCCAGGACGCGGCAGGACCAGCACCACAUGAGCUGCCCGGCAAGUCCUCCCCGCUGGCACUAAUCGCUGCUUUGGCACUCAUGUCCGCCAUUGCUUCUUCCGCUGCGCUUCCUCCUGUAGACUUGGAAAGUCAUUUCCUCCCAGAGCUUCUUCGGAUCGCCUCUCAGGCCGAUGAGUGGGUGCGACGCGAAGCAGGGUUCGUUAUCGGUGCCCUAGCGAAAGCGGUAUCUCCAGACCUUGUCCGUGCGGACCUCGUCCCCCUUUUACUACAAUUUUCGAGCGAUCCCUUCUGGCACGUCCGGCAUUCGAGCCUGUUCUCCGCUCCUCCGAUUUUGUCUCGGCUUCAGCCCCAGGAACGUUACACACUCGGUUUACAGAUCUUCCUCGCAGCGGCUAGCGACCCGUCUCGUGCCGUCCGGAACGCUUGCCUCGAACUGCUCGGCGAAGCCAUAGCGACGUUCAAGGACGACGCCAGUGGUCCCCCAGAGGAACUAGUCCAGCUUUUCCUAGGCGAUCCGAAUAAUCGUCCAGAAGACACUGACUCAGAUCCUGAGAGUCCCCUGGAAUGGCUCACUACCCCUGGCCUGGGUAUUCAGCCCGUCCCUACCACGAGGCGAGACACGGACCGGUGUUUGGUCUGUGCCUUCAACUUUCCUGCUGUUGCCCUCACGCUUGGUAAAGACCGCUGGCCGCAGCUGCGGGAUUAUUACCUGUAUCUCGCUCGUGACAAGAGCUUGAAGGUGCGGAGGACACUCGCAUCCAGCUUGGGUGCUCUGGCAGAGAUCAUCGGUCCAGAAGCAGCACGGCAAGACCUGGUCCACGUAUGGAAGCGUUCCUUCGAGGCUACGUCUCACGGGUUUGUGGACGAAGACGUCGUUGGCUGGGCUAUCGAAUCCAUCGAGGGUCUGCUCAAGACGGUUGGUGGUGACUUUCCACGAGAGGUUGUCCAGCUCCUGCGUAUCUGGUGGAGCGGGAUCAUGGCCAGGCGUUGGCGCUUGCGUGAACAGUUAGCGACUAAGCUUCCCAGCUUUGCUCAGAGCAGCGCGCACGUCGAAGGUGUACCAGAAGGUCUUCGGACCCUCCUCGGACUUGCGUUGACAGACGAUGUGGCUGCUGUUAGAGAAAGCGCAGCCGAAGGUGUGUCUGAGAUUUGUGCGGCUUUGCGAGGCGGGCCUGGUGAGGAAGCCAUACGCCAAGAACUACUGCAUCUAUCGGAACACCCUUCGUUCCGAAAUCGCAUGACGUUCGUUGCCUGUAUCCAAUCACUCCUGGCCGAUGAGAUGAAAGACGAUCUGUAUACCCUCUGGCCUCGCGUAUGGGCACUUGGUACCGAUCCAGUGGUCGAUGUACGAAUUUCAGUAGCCCGGCUCGUUGCCUCUGCUGUGGGGAUGGGUAUGCACCCUCCUCUAGCAGAAUGGACGCAUCUAUUAACUAUCGAGUCAGACAAUUUCUUCCGAGAUACAGCAUCGCGGCCGCUCAAUGCCUUAAUCCGAAGGCUGAUCCAAGACAAGUCUUAUCAGGUUCGGAGCUUUGUCGCUUUCUUGCGCGGAACGCACACUGUCACUCCGGUUACAACCCCGGUUCGUGGAGCAAGCCUUAUGUCCCCAUCGGCCAAGUUCUCCCGUCCGCCGCUUGUUCUGUCACCCAGUGGUAGCGUGCACGACGAGCCUGUUAACUACGUGGACGACCACAUCCCCGGGAUGGAUGACACGAAAGAAUUCUCCUCUGCCAUCGCCCGUGGCCGCGAUGUCCCACUGCCAGUUUUCAGACUACCUUCGUCGCCCCGACACUCGCGCAAGGUAGAACCGAUCUCCGUCAGCCUAGUCAGCCUAGACCUCAAGCCGGCAGAAGAGGUGGUGCAGGGAAUGACAGCAGAGUCGCUGAAAGAUGCACCAGAAGCCGAGAAUGUGCCCGAAGAAAAGGAGCCCCAGAGCCCUGACAGUCCGUCCGAAGACGUGCCUCGGGACGAAGAGUUCGAGGAGGAAGACCUUGAUGAUCCAUUUGCCGAUUCGAUGGACGACGAUGAAAUGGAAGAAGGACGGGGUUCAUUAGAUUCAGACGGAGACGCUGACAUGUAG